CAGAUUUAAUGAAACGAAAUACCGCGCAUUUGUGCGUGUAGUUUGGAGACGCUCCCUCGCCUGGCCCCGCCCCGCCCCUCUCGGGAGGCGGAAGUGUGACGUGUGUUUGAGCGGUUGGUGCGGUGUGUUGUUGUGCUCGGUGGUAUCUCCCGGGAUGAGCUGCUGUCUGUAGCGGGUCGGUGAUGCUGCGGCGGGUUCGAGCUCAGCUCCGGCAGGUGGUGGAUCAGAUGGCGAAGAGACCCGAGCUGUGCUGCGGCGCGAUCCUGCUCACCUGCGCGCUAAUACUGCCCUUAACUCUCACCUGCAGUCGUGUGAAGAGUGUGGUGGCGUCUCCUCGUGCUCCGCUGCGCUUCUUCCCGGCCGAGGCUCCUCUGGUGGAUCUGUUCCUGGGUCAGUUAGAGGAAGUGGAUGGUCUGCUGGAGGAAGCGGAUGUGUCUCUGGUGUUCUACUACGCCCCCUGGUGUGCUCACUGCCUCGCUGCACGACAGCACGUCCAGCAGGUGGCGCUGCGGCUCGCUCAGCAGGUGCAGUUUGUGGCGGUGAACUGCUGGUGGCAUCAGGGCAGAUGCAGGAAGCAGAAGAGCUUCUUCCAGUAUCCAGUCAUUCAUCUGUUCUACAGGAGGGUCGGUCCGAUCCAGUACAGGGGUCCGGUCCGGUCUGAGUAUCUGGAGAGCUUCAUUCAGAGAGUUAGUGCUCCGCUCACCUACCUGCCCUCCGUUAGAGCCCUGCACACCUUCCUCACACAGCACCAGGCUGUGGUGGGUUAUUUCCAGUUUAACUCGUCUCCUCAGCCGGCCGGUUACAUCACCUUCCUGUUGUCUGCUCUGCACGCGCUCAGACGAGAUCAGCAGGGGGAGGUGCGCUUCGCUGUGGUGACCAAUCAGGCGGUGGCAGGGGGGAUGUCUCUCCGGGAGGAUGAAAGUGUGUAUCUACACCGGCGUCUGAACAGCUCUCUGGUGUUCCCACGGUCACAGAGGAACUUCACUGCACACACCAUCUGUGAUUGGGUCUUUGAGAACAGAGAGAGCGUCAUUCACUGGAUUCAGCCAACGGGAGCCAAGAGUUACGCACUGGAGGCGGAGCUACAGAAAGGCCCCGCCCUCCUGACCUUCCUCCCACACAAUCCCCUCGCAGCCAAUCAGCUGCUGACACAGGUGACUGAUGUGGCGCUCCAGUAUCACUCGUGCAGCGGCUCACAGGAGUCCCCCCAGCGCUGCUGUCAGUCUGUGCCGGAUCCGUGGGCCGGUGUGAGUGUGUGUGAGCUGUGUGUGUCUCACUGCUGGGCUCUGGAGCGGUCUCUGCAGCGGGUCAGUGUGUCGUCCUGCAGGAGCGUCCAGAGCUCGUACGCUGUGUUCGGCCGCUGGAGUGUGUGCUGCAGGCCCCCCCCAGACUCCAUCACAGGCCUGCAGUGCCGCUCCAACAACACCCUGCGCUUCUACCUGCUGGACACCCAGCUGCACUGGACACUGGCACAGAGACUCGGAGCGUCCGCUGACCAGAGCCUGCCCUUCAUCACCAUCAUCAACCUCAGAGACGAGACACACUACGUGCUCGACCGCACCGACACACUGGGAGACUUCAUCCAGAACUUCAGUGUGUCCUACAGUCCUCUACACAGACAUCUGGUGGGACAGAAACCACAGCAGCAGACACAGUCCCUCAUACAGGAAGUGACCUCAGACAGCUUCCUGCAGACCGUCAUGGACUCUCAGAGGGACGUGCUGCUGCUGUAUUACUCGGUCUGGUGUGGCUUCUGCUCGGCUCUCAAUCAUGUGUUUCUGCAGCUGGCUCGUCUGUUCCAGGGAAACAGCGCCCUCACGGUGGCCAGAGUGAAUGUCGGCCAGAAUGAUCUGCCCUGGGAGUUUAUGGUGGAUCAUGUGCCGUCUGUGCUGUUCUUCCCCAGACACAGGAAGCAGAUGAGUGUGAAGUUUCCUGAAAACAUGCCCAUGACUGUUCCCAACCUGCUGCGGUUCGUUCUGCAGCACACAGGCCACGCCCACAGCACACAGGAGUCAGGCGGAGGGGCGGAGCCUAAGUCCCUGCUGGAGGCGGAGCUUCGGGCGCUGCAGCAGCAGGUGUUUUCUCUGCAUCGAGCCAGAGAGCGUCUCUCUGAGCAGCUGUCGGUCCUGUGGAGGGAGAACCGGCGGCUCACGCUGCACACACACACACUGGAGACCCAGAAUGCCGAGCUGCAGGAGCAGAGCUUGCAGCUGGAGACACUGUACAGAGAGAAAACACGCCAGCUGAGCGACACCGUCCACAGACUGCAGGAGCUCGCAGACGCAUCUGAAGAACUGCUGAAGGAGAACUCACUGCUCCGAGUGCUGCUCACCGUCCUGAGAGAGAGAGACGGAGGGGACACAGACGGACGGGACACAGACGGAGAGGACACAGACGGAGAGGACACUGAGAGACGGGACACAGAGAGACAGCGUGAGGCUUCCUGACCACGGAUGAUUAUCAUACAGAAUCUGUUAAGAACACGUCCAGCUUGUCCACAAAAACUAAUCAGAAAUGUUGUUUCAUAAGAAAAGAUGUGUGCAUUAUUGUCAAACUACAUUUUCAAAGUGCAUUUUCACCCUGAAGGCAAAUCAUCUCAUUACUGUAUGAGAGAUGUCUACGUGUUUAGACAUCAUGGUGGGAUUUAUUGUACAGAUUUAAUAGAAAUAAAUCAUUUAUUAAAAUUGUAAAUGACAUUUAAAACAGACGAUCUAAUGAGAAAUGCCGUUUGAAGAGAAGAUUAGAAGAAAAACCUCUGGACAAAUGACAGAACUGAAAAUGAGAUGAUUCAGAUUGAUGAGCAUUUGUUUAAUUAUUAUAAAAAUACAGCAACCGUAGGAUUCAUGUUCUCUGAAUGUAUCUUCUGUUUUGUUUUCUUGUGUUUCAGAGUGAAAUCUGCACAUGUUCUGCUGAUUAAUUAUGACUGUCGUUACAGAUGAUUGAAGAUGUUCCUCGAGGGUUUGAUGUGACGACACACACAAAAAAACUUGUUAAAGUAUUUCUGUUUGUUUUGUUGAAAUUAUGCUUUUUUCAUGUAUUCUGGUAGAGUCUUCAGGGAAUCUCAGGUUUGAAGAGUUAAAUUAAAGAUAAUGCUGGUGAAUGUGA